UCUGUUAAUACUGUAUUCACAAUCAAAGCUAUAAUCUUGUUGCCCCUUUGAAGCAAAUAUCUUGUCUUUUGCCCAAAUACAAGAAAAAGUUAGGCUGAAAAGUACAGCCAGGUUUAUUUCUGUAACUGAGGGAGGGUUCAACUAUAUAAUUGUUUCUUAAUAAUAAAAUAAUUAGCUUAUACUCCGAUAGUUUUGGCACUGAACAUGCUAAGUCUGCAGCAUAUAAUCCAUUUGGCGUUUCGUAAGCUUACUCGCAGUUGUGGAGCUUUGUACACUGGAGAGAUCUCGACAAUUUGAACUGGGGUUCAUCUGAUUCAAACUCGAGCUUGUUUAGCAUUUAAUCAGUAUCGUAUGGCCGACUCUACUGAUCUGCAUUCACGACCAAGCAAAUGGAGAAUCCCGAUUUUUGUUUUCUUCAAAGAUGUGAGACUAGUGUUCAAGAUGGAUUCACUUGGUCUUGAGAUUAUCAGGAUAGCACUUCCUGCUGCUCUAGCUUUAGCUGCUGAUCCGAUCGCUUCUCUGAUUGACACAGCAUUUAUUGGCCGCUUAGGGCCGGUGCAGCUUGCAGCUGUGGGAGUUUCAAUCGCCAUAUUCAAUCAAGCUUCAAGAAUUACCAUAUUUCCUCUGGUCAGUAUCACAACUUCUUUUGUCGCUGAAGAGGAAACCAUUGGACGAAUCACCAAUGGUGAAGAACCAAAAGCUGAGAACUCGGAAAAGAGUUCCGCUAAAGAAAGUGAAAUGAAGGACGUAACGCCAGAAGAAACCGUGCUUGAGAACUUGGAAAAAGGAGCUUCAACAGACACUACUACUACUGAAACAAAAGGUGAAUCUUCGUCGGAUAAUAAUUCUUCUGCAACUACAUGCAAGUCUCCUUCUGCUAUAGCGGGUACCAAAACAAGUACAGAGAUCAAGUUGAGUAAGGGGAAGCGACAUAUCCCUUCGGCAUCAACAGCACUAAUUAUAGGGAGCUUUCUUGGUCUCGUCCAAGCUAUAUUUCUAAUAUUGGGAGCCAGACCUCUCCUGCAUAUCAUGGGCGUGAAGUCUGAUUCUCCCAUGAUGACACCAGCUCAAAAAUACUUGACUCUGAGGUCACUGGGUGCUCCUGCAGUCCUCCUUUCUCUCGCAAUGCAAGGGGUUUUUCGAGGAUUGAAGGAUACAAAAACUCCUUUAUUCGCCACUGUUGCAGGAGAUUUAACAAAUAUCAUUCUUGACCCAAUAUUCAUCUUCGUUUGCCGUCUUGGUGUCAGUGGAGCCGCCAUUGCCCAUGUUCUUUCACAGUACUUGAUUUCAUUCAUCCUCCUGGUGAAGUUGAUGAGACAAGUUAAUCUCUUACCUCCAAGUAUGAGUGAUUUACAAUUCGGUCGGUUUCUUAAAAAUGGAUUUUAUCUGUUAACCAGAGUAAUUGCUGUGACUAUCUGUGUCACACUGGCAGCUUCAAUGGCUGCACGUCUUGGUUCAACACCUAUGGCUGCAUUCCAAAUUUGUUUACAGGUCUGGAUCACGUCAUCUCUUCUGGCUGAUGGAUUGGCUGUUGCAGGACAGGCCAUUCUAGCUUGUUCAUUUGCUGAAAAGAACUAUCAGAAGGCAACAGCUGCAGCAAACAGAGUACUGCAGAUGGGUUUUGUUCUAGGCUUGGGGCUUGCUGCCUUGGUAGGACUCGGUCUCUACUUUGGCUCUGGAAUCUUUUCAAAAGACGUUCAUGUUAUCCACCUCAUAAACAUCGGCAUACCGUUUAUUGCAGCAACUCAACCCAUCAAUUCUCUGGCUUUUGUCUUUGAUGGUGUAAAUUUUGGAGCUUCUGAUUUUGCGUAUUCUGCAUACUCCAUGGUUUUGGUAGCCAUAGCAAGCAUAGCAAGCUUAUUUUUGCUGUCAAAAAGCAAUGGCUUUGUUGGAAUCUGGAUUGCCCUGACAAUCUACAUGGCUCUCCGAACAUUUGCUGGUGUAUGGAGGAUGGGAACUGGGACUGGACCUUGGAAAUUUCUCAGAGGCCGAUUGUUGCCAUGAGCUUUAUAUAUAUAGCUUCAGGAUUCGGGAAUAUUACCUACUAUAUGUGGCCUAGCGUUUGUCAAUAACAUAAUUUUUUUUCUUGGUUUUUUUAUUUGUUUUUUGAGGUAUCAUUUCCAAGAUGGAUAAUAAAUAAUAUAUUUACUAAUUUUUUUAUUAACU